GUUCAGCUUCUAUGCAGGCGAUGGUUGUCGUUGGAAAUGUUACACUUUUUGUCUGAAGUUUGUUCCUUUUUUAGGUGAUCUUGGUCAGUGUCACGUGAUGCUUCGUGGUUUGAUCUUGCUUACGGUCGUUUGUUUCAUUGAUGGCUCCCCUACUGAAGAUGCUGCCGGUGCAGAGUCAUCUUCACUGCCAUUGGCAUUGCCAGUGUCACGGGCUGGGGCAGGGGCAGAGGGUGAGCGGGCGAGCGGUGGUGGUGGGGAUCCGGGUCAGGUGAAAUCGGCCGUGACGACGUCCAAACUCCCGGCGUUCCCGCUCCCGAUCUUCGGCGAGGACCCGCGCCCCAGCCCAGGCGACACCCGAAAGCUCAUGCGCGUGCCGAAGAACCUGGUGCGCGGGCUGAAGGAAGCGAUGGAGGCGGUGCGGCGGAAGCAGGAGACGCUGAUCGCGCAUCUGGAAUGCAGCCUCGGCGCAGGCGCAGUCGAGGCGUGCGACGCGCAGGCGCAGCGUCCGCCCGAGGUCAAACUCGACUGGACCACUUACGUCGCCGACGACCAGACGCCCUACCUCCUCGAGAUCAACCACUUCUUCAAGGGCAACCCCGUCGACCUACCCCUCGAGAUCGUUACUCCCGUCAUGCAGAUGUUCAACGGUGCCGUUACUGAGAUUUACAUCAAGCAACGUUAUAUAUCUAGUCUCUUUGAGCAAGCCGUUUGCAGCAUCAGUCGAACUUGUGAGAAACCGAAACCAACCAGGAAACCUUAUCUCAAGGAGGAGGACCGAGACAGGAUCUUCCCAAGCAUCUACGAAUGGGUCUCGAACCUUUUCCAGUUCCAGUUACCCAAACCACCAGUAUUCGCACCGCCGAGUUAUUUCGCCAACCUGAAACCAUGCCGCAAUGAGACAAUAAGCGGAAGUUACAAUAACGGCACCGGGUUUUAUUACAGUCAAGUCUUGGAGUAUGGUAAAAACUGCACUCAGUACCAGCACAGUUCCAAUUCUGUCGCCCCUCCGGAAGGGGAAUAGUAAUUCAAUUUCUUUACCUUACACGCUAAUUGUAUCGUAAAAAAUAGCUUAUUUUUGGCAUCUUCUGUAGUAAGAUGUAUGUAA